AUGAAAGAAGAGAAGAUUGACGAUCUUGCGUCGCUAUUCCUCCCCGACCUUUUAACGCCAAUUGGCACCUACAACGCCAAUCCAAACCUCAAGACCGAUGACAAUGGCUUUUUGUUUGGUAUUGAACAGUCCGUGGAUGCCGGCAGUACGUACUUUCCCCAGUCGUUCAACGGGUACGGGUCUGACAAUGGAUUCAAACCGGGGAGUGGGAAUAUCAUGAUGGUCAGUCAACGGCCCUCAUUUCCUAGUUUUGCCGCUAAUAGCAGCUUCGAUGCCACUAUGGGUAUCAUGCAAAACAACGAAGGGCACAUUGGAUCUCAUCAGCCAUUUCCCAACCAAGACUAUGGUCACUCUUUCAGGAUAGGCGGGAGCUCUGAAGUUAUGCCUCCGCCAAACAGACUGAGACCGAACAUCUUACCCAUACAGUCGAAUAUGGGCCAGCCGGGAAAUCAAUACGACAACAUUCUGUGGCUCUUGCAGUCAGAACUUCUUCAGACAAGCAGGCCAGUUACCAUGCAAAACGAGCCGUUGCUACAGAGCAGUCAACAGCAUCUCCACUACACAAAUCAACUUCCGCCUCCGGCCGAACCAUUGCUAUAUCAGGCCAAUAAUAUUGUGCGUCGAAAGCAAGCUCUGGCACCAGUAAUUCCAGACUUACAUAUCGAUUAUUCGCCCGAGGCCUUGCUACGCCUAUUGGACAUGAACCUCAAGGUGGAACAGAGCAACGAGCAUCAGGUGACUGACGCUUUUGGUAAUCCUUGUGAAGUUGAGAUCAAGGGUUUUCUACAUGGAAGAUUUUGCACAAACAAUUAUGACAACUAUAUUUACCAAAUGAGCUCCACUGGCGCUAUUGACGAGUACCAAACAUAUGCUCCACUGGUGAUCUCGUGUUACCGUAGAAAUUUCCUCAAUAUUCAUAUUGUCAUGCAAGCUUCUUCGACUGACAACUUGAGCGUAGAUGGAGAGCUAGUGGAACAAUACAGACUUGAGAUCGACGCCACCGCUGAGAACCCAGAUGCAAAUGACUCUUCCUUUUCUCUCAGAGACAACGACAAUGACGCAAAAGAUUUCUCGAAAGUUGGGGACAAUCUCACUGUCGAAACGAUUGGAAAGAGUCAUACAAUCAAAUCCAAUGAACUCAGUCCGGAAAGCUUCUUCAUGGUCAGAAAGCUCAAAUUCAACAGCUCAACAAUUAAUUCUUUGAAGCUGAACUCACAGACUUAUUAUUGCCUCAUAGUUCGCCUAGUGGCGGACACUGCCUCAGGUUCGAAGGUUUUACAAACUUUGACAAGUGCUCCAAUAAUCGUAAGAGGCCGUAACCCAUCAUUCUACAAUACCAGGAAGGACAUAGUGAUCAAACCGAAAUCACCUUGUUUCAAAGCUAGCUACGGGCAUAGCCAUAGCCAAAUCCAGAGGUUUGCCCUGGAGGAAGCUCUGUCGGAACCACGCCCUUCUUCGAGAGAAGAAUACUAUGAAGAUUCGAGUGAUACACAUACACAGUCUAGAAAUGAGGAUGCGUAUGGUGAAAAUGCCAGUGAAAGCGAAGAAGACUCGCCCCUAGAGGAAGAAAGAGAUACCUCCAAUGAAGUCUACAUUGAUCAAGUACUAGAGUCCAUGAGCAACAACCCCGGAAAGAAUUAUCAUUAUUUCCCUGUGCUGAACGUCUACUACACUCCUCCGGUGAACGUAGUUUAUUUCCCACACGGUGCGCAUCUGGCUAACGCACAGACAGACACAGCAGAGGAAACUGUUGAGGGCGAUUCGAAACAGAAAGAUGGCAACACGACGAAGCGCAAAAAGGUUUAUUUCAAAUAG